AUGGAACUCUUUGGUCUGCUUUGUCCACCUUUACUUCUGCUGAUUUCUCUGAACUAUUCAGCUGCAGCCCCUGCACUUUUUGCAUUGUCACAAACAUCCAGCUGGAGAGACUUCUAUACUGCUCAGGAAUAUCUUGACAAAUACUACACACCACAAGAAGGACACCAUGUUGGAGAAAUUACAAGCGGUGAUUCCAUGACAAAGAAGGUUCAACAAAUGCAGGCAUUCUUUGGCUUACGGGUCACUGGGAAGCUGGACUAUAGUACCAUGGAUGUUAUAAAGAGGCCUCGGUGUGGUGUCCCUGACAUAGCAAACUAUCGACUUUUCCCAGGGGAACCAAAAUGGAAAAAAAAUACAUUGACGUACAGAGUGAAAAAAUAUACCCCCAGUUUAAGUCAUGCAGAAGUGGACAAGGCUGUGGAGAUGGGUUUGAAAGCAUGGAGUGCUGCUGCCCCUUUGAACUUUGUAAAGACAACAUCAGGGGAAGCAGAUAUUAUGAUUUCAUUUGAAAAUGGAGAUCAUGGAGAUUCGUACCCAUUUGAUGGGCCUCGUGGGACUCUAGCACAUGCUUUUGCACCUGGGGAAGGACUGGGUGGAGACACUCAUUUUGACAACGCAGAGAAAUGGACAAUGGGGAUGAAUGGAUUUAAUUUGUUCACUGUUGCUGCUCAUGAAUUUGGCCAUGCGCUGGGUCUUGCUCAUUCUGCUGAUCCAUCAGCUUUGAUGUAUCCAACAUACAAAUAUCAACAUCCAUUUGGCUUCCAUCUCCCCAAAGAUGAUGUGAAAGGAAUCCAGGCACUAUAUGGGUCACGGCUAACAGGCUCUAGAGCACCCCAAGUCCCACACCUGCCUGUGCCCAAACCACCAGCACCAACUAUUCCAGACCACUGUGACUCCAGUUUUUCAUUUGAUGCUGUCACCAUGCUGGGGAAGGAACUUCUUUUUUUCAAAGAUAGGCUCUUCUGGAGAAGGGAGACUCAACUCAAAGCAAGUGUCCAGCCACUCUCCAUUAGAGGAUCCUUCCCUCAGCUCAUGUCCAAUGUAGAUGCUGCCUAUGAAGUGCCCAAUAGAGGAGUUGCUUAUUUCUUCAAGGGCCCUCAUUACUGGACAACUCAUGGUUUCCAAUUUCUGGGUCCUCCCCGAACCAUUGCAGACUUUGGGUUUCCUAGGAAUGUGCUACACAUUGAUGCAGCUGUUCACCUAAAAGAUGAAAAGAAGACACUCUUCUUUGUAGGAGAUGAAUAUUACAGCUUUGAUGAAGUAAAAAGGAAAAUGGAGAAUGAUUUCCCAAAGAGCAUUGAGGAUGAGUUCUCAGGAAUCAAUGGCAGAAUAGAUGCAGCUGUAGAGGUGAACGGAUUCAUUUACUUCUUUUCUGGGCCUAAAGCCUAUAAAUAUGACCGGGAAAAAGAAGAUGUGGUUCACAUUGUGAAAUCUGGUUCCUGGGUAGGUUGCUGAGCUAAAGCAGACAUUGGAUGAUCACAGUGAACUAGAAGAAAUAAUUGAUCAUGUCAGCAAGAAUCAAAGACUUGCAUUCCUUUUUUUAUUGUCAUCUUCAUCAUAAUCAAACAAUGACAAAAAAAUCCCAGAAACAAAAAAGAGAUAAGCACAUUCACAUCAACAUCCUGAUUACAUUUUGGAUAGUUUAAUAAAUUCCUCCAUCCAUAAUUGUUAUGGAUAUGUCCAUGUUAUGUGAGUAACUCUUUAAAGGUCUGCCCUAUAGGCUCAGAGACAUGGGCCCUACAACAAGGGAAAUCAAGCCCCACAAGACUAAGCUGUGGAGGACUAAUUUCCUCCUACAUUAUCUGGCAAAAUUGGAUUACCGAGACUUCAAUGUAGUUGAACUUCCUCAAGCAUCAUCAACCAAAAGUGUGCUAAAUGAUUGAACAAUAAGAAAUAUUGUUGUAAUUCAGCCCUCUCUGCGAUGAUACAGACUCUCUACAAUCUAUCCUAUAGCAACUUUCACUAGAGAGGAAGCUACGCAGAACAUAUGAAGGGCAUUUCUAAGUUGACUUUGUACUUGGCAAAGUCUUCAGAUGUUUGAAUGAUAAUGGGAAAAGUAAUUUGGACUCCACCUGUAAGUAUUUGCAAGUAGGGAUAUUUAAUAACAAUCUGCUUGUCAAUGUUGAAACUGGAAAUGACCCUGGGAAGGGAGGAAGACCCAAAGAAAGGCCUUGUCUCAACAAGUUUCCUACCACCAUGCCCCUUUGGAAGAAUGAUUCUUCAUGAUGUUUCCUGAUGCUCCACUUUGCACCUAGAGCAAUCCUAAAUAAUUGACACAGCAUUGUUUUGGGGCAAGGGUAGGAAUGGUGGCCAUGGCCAAUAGAAAUAACUACCGAUAGAAACAUUACCAUCAUUAAUUCAGGCAGCAGGAAGAAAAAUAAGAAUGACAUCCACUGCCCAUGUGACUCAGUAAGUCCCUACUCCCAAUUGUAAAAUAAACAAAUGGCUCCUCUUUCUCAAAAUCUCAAAAAUAUUUUACUUAUUAGAGUGGCAAAUCUGUAAGGGCUAUUUCACCUAGUUUCAGAUCACAGGUGAGUGUUUCUGUUUAUUUGGAUCAAUCCACAUAGACAGUGGAGAUUUUUCAGUUUGCUUGUUUUCAGGGAAAGAUUUAGAUACAGGCAGUCCUUGAGUUACAAACAUCCAACUUACAAAUGGUUCACAGUUAAGAAUGGGAACAAUGCAACAGGAAGUGAGAGAAAUCUAUCCCUAGAAAGGGAAAUUCACUCCCUUUCACUUAUCAUGGGGAAAAGAUGUCUCACCUGCGGUGUUUUUUUUUUUUUUUUUUUUGCUAUCUGUGCCCCUGUUCAGAAGAUUUCACCUCACUUUCUCCCCCUGUGAUAAUUGGAUUUUGAAAAAUGUGGCUUGUUGUGGAAACACGGAUUGGGGAUAAAGCUUCAGUGGAGACACCUAUUCCCCAUGAUAACUCUUUCAGGAUUGAAUUUCUCUUCCUAGGGGUAGAUUUCUCUCACUUCCUGUUGUCUCAACCCUGUUCUUAACUGUGAAUCAUUUGUAAGUCAGAUGUUUGUAACUCAGGGAGUGCCUGUACAAACAUACUGUGUUUAAGUAGGAUAAAAUUAAGACCAAUAUGUUUAUCCUACACAUUAUUAUUCAAUAUAUAGUAACAGUAUUUUUUUUUCAAAUUUACAUGAAAACAAAAUUAGCUAUGAAAAGUGAAAUGAUCUGGAGACAAUUUCUACAUAUACCAUAGACUGCUUAAAAAGAAAGAAAGAAAUUGCUUGGUUUUAACAAAUCAACCUUGAACUCUCUCUAGAAGCUAAGAUUACUAAACUGAGACUAUUGUACACUGUCUAUAUCAUGAUAAGACAUGACUCACUAGAAAAGACAAUAAUGCUUGUUAAAAUGGAAAACAGUAUGCAAUUUAAAAAAAAAUCACAUUCCAGAUGACAGACUCAAUCAAUAAAGCCAUGGUACUGAAUCUGUAAAGUCUGAGAGGGUUAAUUAAGAUAGGUGACCUGAAGACCUUUGAGUCAUGGGGAUACUAUUAGUUGAAGUUGACAGGAUGUAAUCAACAACAACAAAUCAAUGGGGUUGCAGCUGUACAAGCCAAGUCAGUGAGGCCCUUAAGCAUUUAUAGUAAUUGCACCAUUGGCAGUAGAGCCUUUUUAGUGAUAGUUACCAAGGUGUAAAAUACUUUCCCUCAAGAAAACUGUUAGCUAUCUGAUUAGAACAAGAAAUGCAAGCAUCUUCGAUUGAAGUAUUAUUCCUAGGUUAGCAUGACAUCUUGCUUAUGGAGCCAAAGGCCUCCUUCCCCUUUCCAAGCAAAAGAGAAUUUGUGUUGCACUGUAGCCCUGGAACACUUUUUCACCCAACACCACACAAUGAUCAGAUAAUCCAAUAAGUAAAAGUUUAUUAAUAAAAAGAAAAGGGCACAUUAAAAAAGAAUAAUCAAAAGUACAAAAAAUAAUUCCCAAUGAGAUCAAGAGUUCAUCAGCUUUUGAACCAAGGUAACGAACAGCAAUCCACUGAGAUUUGAGUUAACACAUAGCAAAAGAAUCCUCCAGCAGGAUAUUGUUCAAAUGUGAUAGCCAUAAACAUGAAAAUAGGAACACAUGAAAGACAAAAACCUCCAACAACAUGAAGUCAUAAACAGAAAUCAAACCAAGAAUCUUGAAAUACAGGAAACAGGAACUUGGGACUAGAAACUGAGAGCUGUUUCCCCUUUUUACAACAUUGUUCCUACUAAAGUCCUGACAGCCCAGAAGCCACUUAAAAGGCUUCAAUUCCCCCCAUGACAUCACUUCACACACACCUUUUUCUCUCCUUAUCUCUAGGCCUCUGAGAAAAAUGAGUUUGUUUUUGUUUUACAUUCUGCCACCUAAUUUCAAGGCAACUUGAUCUGAAAAAUCUUUGUCUCCCACAUUCUCCUCCAAAGACCACUCUGGUCUAUUCUCCUGGAAACUGAUACCACUUUCUCCCAUUGCCUGGGAAAAGCUAGGAGAUUCCAAAACAUCUCCCUCCAGGCCCCUGCUAUCUUCCACAGACAUUACAGGUUACAAUCCAUCAUCCCCUUCCUCAUCCUCUGAGCACUCAAAAAGCUAAUCCAAUGCUUGCCAGGCUAUAACAAUUUGAAUGAGUGAGGGCUCUUCCAGACAGACCCUAUUUCGCAGGAUCUGAUCCCAGGUUUUCUGUUUAUCCCAGAUUAUCUGGUGGUGGGGACUCAUAUAAUCAAGUUUAAAGCAGAAUCUUUGAGUUUAAAGCAAAUCAGAUCCUGGGAUAUAAAGCCUGUCUGGAAGGGCCCUACACGUUUGGAAACAUUCCUCUUUUUUUAAAUAAAAAAAGUAGAAUUACCAAGUUCUGAAAAGUGUUCCUUGCAAAGUCAAAGAAAUAAACAAUAUGUGGGUAGGGGUUUUCUUAUCUAUUUUAAAGGUUGAGGCAGACCUUUUUCUAAACAGGGUAAUUUAUAUCUUAACUAUGUCUAUCAAUAUUUUGAAGUAUUCAGUUUUGGAAUAAUCCCAUUUUAACUACUUACCAUAUUUCUAUAACAAAGAUCGACCACUUAGAAGAGCAGGACAUUUUUUCGUAUGCUCCCAGAUCUGUGAGUUUUUCUUUGUGAAAUCCACUUGGCUUCCUGCUAUUUUUCUUAGAUAGAAAGACAAACACAUAAGCAGAUGGCCAGAAAGAUAAAUAGACUUUUCUUAUCUUAGAAGCCUUUUAGGGGUUAUUCAGAAACACAUUUUUGACAAGUAUUCUGAAUUUGUUUUGAACAGUUUCAUUUCAUCUCAUUUUAUAUGGUUUUGUUUGGAGCUAUUAUUAAACCCGUGAAUCCUCUUGGAGACAUUUGUUAUUGUUAUUGAAAGGCA